AUGGGAUCCGACAAGGCAGCAGACAGAUCCGAGGCAAAGAAGAAGCAUUCGAAAAAGGAAUCGAAAAAGAAGGCAGCCAAAGAGUCAAUCGAGGCUAUUCCUGAAGAAUCGUCCCCAAAGAAAGAGAAAAAGAAGAGCAAAAAGAGCAACAAGGAGGAUAAAGACAUGAAGAAGUCAACUACCGUUGAAAAGAAGGAAGAUCAUGUAACUACUGAAAAAGUUGAUCAGCAAUCAAGCGUGGAUGUUGAUGACAAUGUCGACUCAACCACCGAUAACAAGGCAAAGAAGAACAAGGGAAAGAAGCGCAAAGCCAAGUCUCAACCAGAAGUUACUGUCAAACGGGCUGCUACAUCGGCGCCAGAUGGCAUAACCUACCUCCGUCAAUUUCAUUCUGACCGGGACACAUGGAAGUUCAACAAGGUGCAUCAAACAUGGCUACUCAAACACAUGUAUGAUCUGGAUACGAUUGAGCAAUCUGACUUUGACAUUUUGGUGGAAUACCUGAAAGGUCUCAAGGGAGCUGCAAGAGAUCGAACAUUGACACAGGCACAAGACAUGAUUCCUCCCGAAACAACUGAUUUUGAUCAACCUGAAUUUGAUGCAGAAGCCGCUCUCGCAGCUGUCGCUCCACAACCUGUUGCAGCACCCACAUCAGCAAACGAAGAGAAUGACACCCCUGUCGUCAAGCGUGCUCGUGCAGUAGCACACGCCUUGGCUUGUUGA